GGGGAGCUGGAUAGUGCUAGUGGAUUUUCCGAAGGGAAUACAUAGCCCACAUAAAACGCUUUAAAAUGCAAAAUAGUAAACAUGUAGCAAUCUCGACAGGUUUGCUACAUGCUAAAUCACAGAUGUUGCGCGCGAGGGAUCGACUGAUAUAAAAGGUUAUGGAUUCAAGCCUUCCUUGUUUCAUCCUAUUCAUCGUGAUUGGCUGUGUCAAAUGCUCCUCUGAUAACCACGACCACCACAAUGGCACCCGCACCUAUGAUUACUGUGUGCUUGGAGCUGGGCCUGCUGGACUGCAGAUGGGGUAUUUCCUUUCCAAGGCUAAAAGAGACUACAUCAUCUUGGAGAGGAACUCAGGACCAGGCAGCUUUUUCAACAAGUAUCCCAGGCACAGGAAGCUCAUUAGCAUUAACAAGAUCCACACAGGAAGGCAGAACCGAGAGUUCAACCUCCGUCAUGAUUGGAAUUCUCUGCUGAGCGAUAAACCUGACCUCCUGUUCAAGAGGGUGAACACUGACUUUUACCCACCAGCUGAUGCCUUCCCACGCUAUCUGUCCAUGUUUGUAAAGGAGCUCAGGCUGAGGGUCCGGUACGGUGUGGACAUUGGGAGGAUCAGGGCAGUGCAGUCAGACACUGGCAGGAGCUACAUCCUGACUGAUCAAUAUAUGUCGGACUACACAUGCAGCAUCCUUCUGAUAGCCACAGGUUUGUGGGUUCCUCAGAAGGUAGAGUUUGUCGGUUCUGAACUCGUUGAAGGCUAUGAAUCCAUCUCCACUAAUCCUGAGGACUACAAGAACCAGGCCGUACUUAUUCUGGGCAAGGGGAACUCGGCUUUUGAAACAGCCCAGAGCAUCAUGGGACAAGCAAGUCGAGUGCACAUGCUCAGUUCCAGUCCUGUUCGUCUGGCCUGGCAAACACAUUAUGUUGGAGAUCUCAGAGCUGUGAAUAAUGAGCUAAUAGACACAUACCAGCUUAAGUCCCUUGAUGGUUUGGUGGAGGCAAGCCUGGAGAAACUUGUUAUCGCUCAACGAAAGAAGCAAGGAAGGAGGGGAUUGGGUGAACAGAAGAAAGAGAAAAAGGCACAGUUUUAUGUAACUAUGAAUAAGUACAUACAGUACCAGGAAGGGAAGAACGGCUCUGAUGUGACGGGGGAAGAACUGCCAGGGUAUCACAUUGACAACUUCUCCAUGCGAAAGCCCUACGACCGUGUGAUUCGAUGCCUUGGAUUCCGAUUCAACUUCAGCAUAUUUGACAGCUCUACCUGCCCACCAAACAGUGAAAAUGCAAAAGGGAGGUUGCCAGGUGUGACAGCCUGGUAUGAAGGGGAGAACACCCCUGGCUUGUUUGUGCUGGGAACCGCUGCUCACUCAAGAGACUACCGCUCAUCUGCUGGCGGCUUCGUCCAUGGAUUCCGUUACACAGCUCGAGCUGUGCAUCGUGUACUUGAAUACCGUUACCAUAGCAACCUGUGGCCAUCGACAAAACUGUUGACAACGCAGCUGCAGUCCUGGAUUCUUAAGCGGGUCGACGAGGCCUCUGGGCCAUACCAAAUGUCUGAGAUGCUCGGGGAUAUUAUACUUCUUCAAGGCUCUCACUGUGAAUACGUGGAAGAGUUUCCACUCCAGGCCUUGCCUCAGUUCUCCUCUCUCUCAGGCCAUGAGGCGUCCAACCAUGGACUGUUAGUUCUAGUCAUGCAGUAUGGGAAGCAGAAGACUGACUAUCUGGGGCGGAGCAGGGCUAAUACAGACUGGACCAAAGCUUGGAAAUCCAACUUUCUGCAUCCUGUUUUAUACUACUAUGACACACUUCCUACUGCGGAAGAAAUGAAGCUCCGUCCCAGUGGCUGGACUUUACCAAGGCCCAAAGCAAUUCAUCACAUGGUUGAAGACUUCCUCACAGAAUGGGAUAGUCCCAUAUCUCAUAUCCAGCCACUGCGGCGCUUCCUGGAGCACUGUGUGCACACUGACCUCAGGGCCUUUUAUGCUGAAUCAUGUUUCCGCUUUUCCCUUACCCACCGCAAGCCGCCACUGUUUUGUCAGCAAGGAUACUUGAAGCAGCAGGGUGUCGCUCACAACAGUCAGAUGUGGCAGCACGUUCAUGACGCUGGAAUGAUUGUCACUGAGCAAGAUGCAGGCACAUCGGGGACUAACGCCGCAUUCAGCAACUACCUGGCCCAAGCUGAAGCCUCCUUGUCAUCAGGACUGAAACUUGACUUCUGAUUGUUUUUGCCAAAUGUGGUAAAGCUAUGUCUAUGCUGAAAGCUAUGCUGUUUAGGUCCUUCAGAUUGCUACCUCCAGCACGCAAAACAGAUCCCUCCACAAGACCAAAUAUUUUUGACAGAAUACCAUCCUACUAAACAGUGGUUCCCUACCUUAUGGGCUGGUUACCCCUUAAAACAUAGCAGUUUCUACUUAGACACCCCUGUCACUUGAUGUAAAUACUUGACAAUUUCAACCAAAGAGUGAUUUUCCUUUCUUAAUGCUUAAUGGUCCAAGGAAGCCAAAUUAGCCAGUAAUUCACUAGAAAUUAAGAAAAUAUUAGAGAAAGGUUUUGAAAAACAAACAUAACUUUGUGUAUUUACUCUUCUGGUGAUCACCUCACAGCCCCUCAGACUUCAUCAUCAUCAGAGGCACCUUGCCCCUUGAAAGCUCCCUUAUUAUUAUUCCUCACAAAAUAUUUAUAAACAUUAAAAUAUGCCAUUUUCAUAUCAUAGAAAUCUAGAUUGUGUGAAGCUAUAAAGGUGGAGGGUGGGUGUUAAAAAUUUUACACGAUAUUACCCGAUUAAACACACAUUAACGAGG